UAUAUUAUUUGGUUGCUGAUUCAGCCUAGUUUUGGUUCUUGUCUGUAGUCACCACAUAAAACACAUCAACUGUUUCUGCCCUUUUCAUGAAAUCUUGUUACAAAAUAAAAUCUUGGUCUUUAUUUUCCCAGGAGCAGUAUGUCUUCAUCCACGACGCCAUCUUGGAGGCGUGUCUUUGUGGAGACACCACCAUCCCAGCCAAUCAGCUUCGCUCGGUCUACUAUGACAUGAACCGAUUGGACCCCCAGACCAACUCCUCCCAGGUUAAAGAGGAGUUCAGGACUCUGAAUAUGGUGACUCCUACGUUGCGUGUGGAGGACUGUAGUAUCGCCCUGCUCCCCAGGAACCACGAGAAGAACCGCUGUAUGGACGUCCUUCCUCCUGACCGCUGUCUGCCCUUCCUCAUCACCAUCGACGGAGAGAGCUCCAACUACAUCAACGCUGCUCUUAUGGACAGUUAUAAGCAGCCGUCGGCCUUCAUCGUGACCCAGCAUCCUCUGCCCAACACGGUGAAGGAUUUCUGGAGGCUGGUGUUGGACUACCACUGCUCCUCCAUAGUGAUGCUCAAUGAUGUCGACCCAGCACAGCUAUGUCCUCAGUACUGGCCAGAGAACGGGGUGCAUCGCCAGGGGCCAAUCCAGGUGGAGUUUGUAUCAGCUGACCUGGAGGAAGACAUAAUCAGUAGAAUAUUCCGGAUCUACAACGCAGCACGACCUCAGGACGGGUGCCGUAUGGUCCAACAGUUCCAGUUCCUGGGUUGGCCCAUGUACCGAGACACGCCCAUGUCCAAACGUUCCUUCCUCAAGCUCAUCAGACAGGUGGACAAAUGGCAGGAGGAGUAUGAUGGAGGAGAGGGACGCACGGUGGUGCACUGUCUUAACGGAGGAGGUCGCAGUGGGGCGUUCUGUGCCAUCAGCAUCGUGUGUGAGAUGUUACAGCAUCAACGUUCUGUAGACGUUUUCCACGCCGUCAAAACACUGAGGAACAACAAACCCAACAUGGUCGACCUGCUGGACCAGUACAAGUUCUGCUAUGAAGUGGCUCUGGAGUUCUAGAACUGUGAACAUCAGGCUGGAUGCAGAUCUGGACUGAAGGGGUUUGGGACUUUACAGAAGACUGCAGCACAGACCGACGGGUGUUGUCAUGGUCAAACAACUGGAGCGAGGCAACACAGCUAGCACACAGACAUGCAGAGCUCUCUGUCUCUGUCUCUCUCUCUCUCUCUAACCCCCCCUCUCUCUCUCUCUCUCUCUCUCUCUAACCCCCCCCCUCUCUCUCUCUCUCUCUCUACCCAACCCCCCCCUCUCUCUCUCUCU